CGGGCGCUGGGGGCGGGCGGGGCGGAUAAAGCGGCGGCGGCGCCGCCCCGGGGAGGUGCCGGGAGGCAGCGCGGAGCGGGGCCAGGCCGAGCCGGGCCGGGUCGGGGUGCCGCCGCCAUGGGAGCCGGGGCGGCGCUGCUGCUGCUGGCUGCGGUUACACUGACGAUUCCUGGAAAUAGAGCGGAUGAGUGUGAUGAGGGAGAAUACUUGCAUGAAGGUUACUGCUGCAAAUCUUGUCCAGCAGGUACUUAUGUUGCUCAGCACUGCAAUGCUUCACAUGUGAGAGGAAGAUGUGCCCCUUGCACUGAAGGAGAAGACUAUACUGCUCAUGCAAAUGGCUUGGAAGAAUGCUUGCCAUGCAAGCAGUGCAAAGAUGAUCAAAUAACUUUAAGGACCUGCACUCCGACGCAUGAUACUGAAUGUCAAUGCAAACAAGGGUAUUUCUGCCCUGCUGAGGGCUGUGAAAUAUGUCAGAGAUGCAGUACAAAGUGUCCGGAAGGGAAAGAAAUUGUUCAGAAUUGCAAUGCUACGAUGGACCUAGGAUGUGGCUUACCUGGUCAAGGAAAUGCAUCUUUUAUUUGGGUUAUUGUAGCUGGUUCUGUCUGUCUGAUUUUGGUGCUGUUCUCUUUCAUAUUUAGAAAGCUGAAGAGUGAUAAAGCUGCUUCAAUAAGUAAAGAUGCAGAGAAAGGUCUGGAGUCUGAGGGCAGUACUGAAAGUCUCAUUUUAUCUGAAGUGGAGACAGCUGCAAAUAAUGCAGCCAGCACAGAGAAUGAGAAGUCUGGGGAGAACACGGAAGGCCAAGCACAUACCAGCAUUAACCUAGAAGUGGGAAACGAAUCACCAGAGGAUGACAGCGCUGCACUUUCUGAGAGAAGCACAAUUCUGCCCAGCAGCUUGAGGUGCCAAAUAGAAAGGUUUUGGAAGAGGCUCAAAGAGUCUUCGCUGUCAGCGAAAACAAGGCAGAAUCCUACUUUUCAUCCAAGUGCCUGGUUUAAAGUGGCAUGUGGUAGGAUGCCAGCAAAUCAUGCGGUAAAAGAACUGAAGUAUCAAAUAAUAGUUAAAGAUCUCUCUCAAAAGGAACUGAGAGAUAGCUUUUGGGCUUUUAUAAAUGAAGUACCACCGAAAAAAUGGAGGUGGCUUAUGAGAACUCAUCUGAAGGAGAAUGAUAUUGAUAAAAUUAUUUAUGACUACCCUAAUGACAUAAGAGAGCAAAACUAUCAGAUGCUUCUCAUCUGGAAAAACACACUGGGCGAGAAACAAUCUAUUAUUAAGUUAUUGGAUGAGUUAAGGCACCUAGAUACCAAGGCUUAUGAUAAUGUAUUGAACUCUUUAAAAAGUAAUAACAUUAUAACUAAAUUGCAAGUCACAGAUUAACAUUUUUAAAUCAACUUUAUAAAUGUUUCUGUACAUAUGUGUCUGAACUUUCUGUAUAUGAUGAUGUCAACAGACUACUAGUAAAACUGAUAGCGUUGACUUCAGGAUAUCCUCUUACCUUUCAGUGACUCAGGGAGUCAAAAGUGCUUUGACACAGUCAGUGGUUAGCUGUGACAAGGACUCCAGCUGCGUUGUUCACUAAGGUCUUUUGAGUUGUGCUGUAUUAAACUCAGGUACCAGAUGGCAACGUGUGAGGCACUUUGGCUGACUUUUCCUUCGUAUGCAAGUGGACAAGGACUGUGCCUUAUCUAGCUGUUAUGUAGUAAACCAUGAAUGGUGUUUUUUUUUUUUUUUUAAGAGCAGAAAAGCUGUUAUUGUUUUGAGAGGAUUAACUGUAUUGGCUUUCGAAACAGUGUCGUUUUGUUUAUCUUAAGAGACUAAGCCUUCGGUAUCCUAAGAACUGUUAUUUUAAAGCACAGCAAUAAAACCAAGUAGAGCCAGAA